AUGGCGGUUUGCUCCAACAAGACAAUGCAUGGCCUGUACGCACAUUGUCCUCAACAUCUCGUCCCGCAGACCGAUGGCGUACCUUUCUUCAACCUGAGCCAACGCGGUGACCUCCGCGUUGACGAAAGGGACGAUUCCCUGGCCCUUGCACUGUACGUCGGUUAUCGUGCGGUGCAGCAAAUCGCUCGACCGGCCAUGGAAGCAGAUUUCUGCAACGCCGAACGCGCGCUCGACCUUCUCGCGCAUCAUUUCCAUCCUUGGGCUCCCCUUUUGUACGACGCUGGUCCCCGCACCUCGCCUAUGCUAGAACGAGUCCGUGGGCUGCUUACAUGUCCUCCCGAACGUACCAACACCACCUCCCACGUUCGACAACCCAACGAGAAGCUCUUCAACGAAAUCUACAGGCCACUCGUCGACCACCGUGAUGCCAUCGCUACACAGCUCGAGACCUACGCCACCGUCCUCCUUCCGAUCUACGACUCCUGGUUUUCCGACCUGACCAUUAUCCACGACAGUCUCUCCUCCUGGUCAAUAACUAACCAAACCCCUCCCUUCUCAUCCUCCUCUUGGUCCACAUCCGACCAAACCCUCUCCUCCUCAUCCUCUCCUUUCGAAUCCAAAGCUCGCCUUCCCAACGCCGUGUCCUCUCCCUGCAGCUCUGCCUGGCCCAAUUCACCCGCAUCUGUCCUCAGCCUCGCCAUCUCCCUCCCCUGUUGCCUCUUCAGCCCUACUACUCUCCCAUGGGUCCAGAUAUGCCACGCCCAAGACUUCUGGUCCCUGCGCGCCAUCGUCCUUCCUCGACUCGCCAACAACCUCCGCACAUAG